AUGAAAUCGUUCAAUAGAUUAAAUACUAUUGUCUCUAUCAAGCUAUCAAAGAUGUUUUCACUGACAUACCAAAAGCUCUCUGUAUUGUCUCUUAAUCUUUAGGAAUAGUAAAUAGAUAAUGAGGACAUAGAAGAAAUUAUAUCUGUGUUAAUAUCAUCUAAUGAUUUAUCAUCUUUGGAAAUUCAAUUACAAUCUAUUUAUACUAUUAAUUUGGAUGGAAAUUUGCUUGAUAAAGCUAAAUGCUAAGAUCUUUGUACAUUAGCAUUAGAUCUAUCGGAUAAUAAAAUAAAUAGUGCGGGGAUAUAACACUUAGGAACACUGCUUUAAUCAUGCUUUAAUCUUACAGAUCUAACAUUACUGUUGAACAAUAACAAUAUCUAAGAUCAAGGAGCUAUUAUUUUAGGAAAAGAAUUACAACACCUAGACGGAAUUAAAUAUCUCACUAUUGAACUAUCAUAGACAUAAUUAGGCAAUAGAGGGAUUAGCAGUUUAGUGACUUCAAUAGCAAGUAUUGCUCCACUACUAUAUUUAGCUUUAAAUUUCAACUCUAAUUUAUUUGGAAACUCUGGCUUACAUUCAAUGAUAGACUCAAUUAAAAACUUAAGCAUGCUUAACACUUUAAGUUUAAGCUUAUCGAAUAAUAAAAUAGCUAACAUAUCGUCCUGCAAUAUUAUCUCCACUCUAACUAAGAAUAAUAAAUUGAUGUCGAUUUCUUUAAAAUUAUCUUCAGUAUUGACAAACUUAAUGAGAAAGAGCAGAAUUAAUAGCAAUGACAUUUAUAGUAUUUGCCAAGGGAUUUGUAGAUUUUUUAAUCUGAAUAAUUUAUAUCUAAGCUUUAGUUAAAAUCAAAUUGGAAAUUAAGGUUUACAAGAACUAUGUUCUUAAAUAUCUUGUUGUCAGAAUCUACAAAAUUUGUAUUUGAAUCUUAGUUAAAAUUAAAUAGAAAAUAAAGGAAUAUCAAGUAUAGGAUAAGGAAUAGCUUAAAUUAUAAAUCUCUCUCAAUUAAAUUUAUUAUUAAGUAAUAAUAAGAUAGAAAGUGAUGGAGCCAAAGAUUUAGGACAAGGAAUUGCAUAGUGCAGCAACUUGAAAAAACUCACAAUUAACUUAAAUGAUAAUUAAAUUAAGGACUAAGGACUUUAAUCUUUGGGUUAGGGAAUUUAAUAAUGCUAAAAUAUUGAAUUUUUAAGCAUCUCUACUAUAAACAAUAUAGUAAGUCCUCCUGGUUAUUACAAUUUUAGUAAGCAAAUAAUGAAUUGCACAAAUCUUACAUUUCUGAUAAUGAAAAUAUUCUAAUUAAAAGCAAAUCAAGUUUCAUAAUAAAUUACAGGAUUAAUAUAUAAAACAUAAAAAUUAAUAUAAUUUUAUAUUUGA